GGCCUCUCCAAACAUACUACGUCAUUUUCUCAACCCGCACUAAGGCCUUCCACAUCCGCCUCUCUGAAGCACCAUGACACCUAAAAAUGGACAGCAGCCCUAACGUCCCGUCAUCCUGUCUCCAGAAGCACGCCAUCCGGCAGGAUUGGAGAGCCGUGAGUGAUUGGUGACCCUGAGCCUGAUAACGGAGAGUAAACAUGCCGAGGUCAUUUUUGGUGAAGAGCAAACGGGCGUACAGUUAUCACCAACCCCGUUACCUGGACGACAACUGCAUCCCAAUCGAGAAACUUCUCACAUGCCAAGAAAGUCAAAUGGGGCAGAUCCCGGAGAGCCCGGUGGAGGUGGGCAAUCAUUCCCCUAAGGUCAGCAUGGUGUGCACGGCGGAUCAUUCCUCUCAACAGUCUCCGCUGAGCUGCGAGGGCAGUGUGUGUGACCGCUCAUCCGACUAUGAGGACUUCUGGAGACCCCUGUCAUCGGGAACUUCUCCAGAUCUGGAUAAAUGCCCGGUGUCUUCUCCAGAUGAUUCUCAGCCUUUCGACAUGACUUUCCGUCCGUAUGUUUGGGCCCAUUCAACAUCCGAACUCAGACAGCUUAUUCAGUCCUGCAACCGUGUUUCUGUGGAUUCAGAGGCAUCAGUGGGGGUGUAUGAUGCCAUGGACAGAAAGCCGGGUCCCCAUCUACUCAUUGAACCAACACAAUCCGGGCGAUUUUACCAGGACUAUGGCUCUCUGACCACUAACUUGUUGGAUAGUAGAGGCUUUUAUGCCGACUUCAAGAUGGCAACUAAAGUAGCAGAAAUCGACUCGGAGUCUGAUAUUAUGUGCACGCGACUUCAACUAAGCGGGUCGUACAAAUGCGUAAAAUGCACAAAGGUAUUUUCGACCCCUCAUGGGCUAGAAGUUCAUGUGCGGAGGUCACACAGUGGCACGAGGCCUUUCGCGUGCGAAAUCUGUGGAAAAACGUUCGGCCACGCUGUCAGCCUGGAGCAACAUAAAGCUGUCCAUUCACAGGAAAGGGUCUUUAGCUGCAAAAUCUGCGACAAAAGCUUCAAGAGGUCGUCCACUUUGUCUACGCACCUUCUCAUCCACUCUGACACCAGACCAUAUCCCUGUCAGUACUGCGGCAAACGAUUCCACCAGAAAUCGGAUAUGAAAAAACACACGUUCAUUCAUACAGGUGAAAAGCCGCACAAGUGUCAAGUGUGUGGCAAGGCCUUCAGUCAGAGUUCAAAUCUCAUCACGCACAGCAGAAAACACACAGGAUUCAAGCCUUUCGGAUGCGAACUUUGUGGCAAAGGCUUUCAGCGCAAAGUAGAUUUGAGGAGACACAAAGAAACACAACAUGGACUUAAAUAGGACAUUUUUUUACAUAUGACUGUUUGCACAUGUGACACUUUGUAGAAUUAAUGUAAUUGUGUGGUUUUAUGGAUUAAGGAAAUUUAUUUUCCUGGUAUUUUGUAACAAGCUGUGAUAUUUUAUCCUUGCAAAGUAUUAAUAAAC